AUGAUCAUAGAGGUUACCAUAGUCUGUGCCCCACUACAAGGGACACCACAAGAGACCAGAAGCCGCAACAAGCUUCUACUUGUUUCUUUUGAUGGCUUUCGGUGGAAUUAUGAUCAGGAUGUGGACACCCCCAAUCUGGACGCCAUGGCCAGAGAUGGGGUGAAGGCACGCUACCUCACUCCCCCUUUUGUCACCCAGACAAGCCCCAGCCACUUCACUUUGCUCACAGGAAAAUAUACUGAAAACCAUGGAGUGAUUCACAACAUGUGGUUCAACACUAGCACUGGACAAAAACUGCCUUAUUACCAUACCCAGCGGAGGUCUGACUGGUGGGACAAUGGAAGCCUCCCCAUCUGGAUCACAGCACAGAGACAGGGCUUGAAAGCUGCCUCCCUGUUUUUCCCAGGAGGGAAUGCCACCUACCAAGGAGAAGAAGUGAGAGUCAAGAGGGUAGAGAAACUCCUGCACAAGUAUGACAAUGAAACUGAGUGGAGACAGAAUGUGGACACAGUCAUGAAGUGGUUCCAUGAAGAUGACCUUGACUUUGUGAGUCUUUACUUUGGGGAACCCGACUCUACCGGACACAAAUAUGGCCCAGAAUCUCAGCAGAGGAAAGAUAUGAUCCGCCAGGUGGAUCGGACAGUGGGCUAUUUGAGACAGCGCAUCGCAGAGCAUGGCAUGAACUCAGUACUCAACCUAGUCAUCACCUCUGACCAUGGCAUGGAAACGGUCAUCAAAAAGGAUGAAAUUCACCUCCUCCAAGUAGCAAACUUCUCAUUCCAGGACAUUCAGUUUGAGCUGGUUGAUUAUGGGCCACAAGGCCUCCUGCUGCCAAAACCUGGGAAAUUAGAACAAGUUUAUGAAGCCUUGAAAAAUGCCCAUCCCAAGCUUCAUGUUUAUAAGAAGGAGGAAUUCCCCAAAAGAUUCCAUUAUGCCAACCACAUUCGCGUCACACCUCUCGUGUUGUAUGGUGACCCUGGCUACGUGAUCCAUGGGAGAGUGAAAGUCCAGUUCAACAAAGGAGAACACGGCUUCGACAACGAGGCUAUGAAUAUGAAGACAAUCUUCCGAGCUGUGGGACCAGCUUUCAAGCAAGGCCUGGAGGUGGAGCCUUUUGAAAGUGUGAAUAUUUAUGCCCUCCUUUGCAAACUCCUGAAUAUCACACCUGAACCACACGAUGGAUCCUUGGAUGUCACCCGGCACAUGCUUGUCAAAGACUCAGUUUAUUCCAGCAUCAGUGAAACCAAGAGUGGGAAGGAAAGGGAAAUCCAGUAA